AUGGCGACCGCCUUCCUGACCUUCACCGCCCUCUACCGCGGCCGCGUCACGCUGGCCUGGGCCCUGGGGUACCUCGGCCUGUACGCCUUCUAUGUGGCCACCGUGGUUUUCUGCACCUGGAUCUACCGGUGGCAGCGGCGCCGGUCCCUGGCCGCCUCCAUGCCAGCUACUCCAGAGAUGCUCUCUGACUCCGAGGAGGACGAUGACCAGGUGUCUUCUACCACUGCCAGCUAUGACUACCGGGAAGAGUACCAGCCGCUGCUUUUCUACCAGGAGACCACGGCUCAGAUCCUGGUCCGGGCCCUCAACCCGCUGGACUGCAGGAAGUGGAGGAGCAAGCCGGCCUACUGGAGGGUCCUCAAGGUGCUCAAGCUGCCCGCGGAGCUGCUGCUGCUCCUCACCGUCCCCCUGGUGGACCCCGACAAGGAGGACAGGAACUGGAAGCGGCCCCUCAACUGCCUGCAGCUGGCCAUCAGCCCCCUGGUCCUGGUCCUGACGCUGCAGUCGGGGGCCUAUGGCGUCUAUGAGAUAGGCGGCCUCUUCCCUGUCUGGGGCGUGGUGGUGAUCGCGGGCACGGCCGUGGCUGCAGUGACCUUCUUCGCCACGUCCAACAGCGAGCCGCCCAGGCUCCACUGGGUCUUCGCCUUCCUGGGCUUCCUGACCAGCGCCCUGUGGAUCAACGUGGCCGCCACGGAGGUGGUGAACAUCCUGCGGGCGCUGGGCAUGGUCUUCCGGCUGAGCAACACCGUGCUGGGCCUCACGCUGCUGGCCUGGGGGAACAGUAUCGGAGACGUCUUCUCCGACUUCACGCUGGCCCGCCAGGGCUACCCCCGGAUGGCGUUCUCCGCCUGCUUCGGUGGCAUCAUCUUCAACAUGCUGGUGGGCGUGGGCCUGGGCUGCCUGCUGCAGAUCUCCCGGGGCCACGCGGAGGUGAAGCUGGAGCCGGAAGGACUGUUGGUGUGGGUCCUGGCGGGCGCCCUGGGCCUCAGCCUCGUCUGUUCGCUGGUGGCGGUCCCGCUGCAGUGCUUCCAGCUGAGCAAGACCUACGGCUGCUGCCUGCUCCUCUUCUACGUGAGCUUCCUCCUGGUGGCCCUGCUCACCGAAUUUGGGGUGAUUCGCUUGAAAAGUGUGUGA